GACAACGCUGCGGAAGUGUAGGUGGCGGGGCGCGAUGGCGCGUGCGGCCCAGGUGAGCGUGGGGCGAGGGCGCGAGCUCCGUUCUCCCGGCCUCGGGCGCUCCGCCGCCCUCGCUGCGCAGGCCCGCGCCCGCCGCGCGCCCAUUGUGAGGUCAGGCGGCGGCGCGUCCGGCCGGGCCGAGACCCGGGAGCGGCCGCCGCGGCCAGUAGCUGCCGCCGCCUCCGCCGGCCCCUUCACCGGCUGCCCGGGUCAGACCUAGCCGGGAAGGGCGAGGGGGGAUGCCGCUGGGGGCACCGCUGCGGUGCCGCUCCCCGUGAAGGGCCGAUCUCCCACCUCGCAGCCCCCCGCGGCAGCCAAGACCGCCGCCGCCCAGACCUCCCGGGGUAAAAGCUCUGCGAGGGCCGGGCUUGGACCCUCCCGGGGACUGAGUUCUGUGGCCUGCCCGCCAGAAGUGAGCUGUUUGACAGAAACCUGAGAGCGUGGGAAAUGCUCUAAGCGCACAUACCGGGAGGCGAGUGACCGAGUUAAUCGCAGUCGGCAGGUUUGGGCGGCGGGUAUUUGAAGUCAGGUGCUUGUGAAACUGAACACAGAAGUAUGGAUAUGGGAAACCAACACCCCUCCAUUAGUAGGCUUCAGGAGAUCCAGCGGGAAGUAAAGGCUAUAGAGCCGCAAGUGGUCGGCUUCAGCGGCCUGUCGGAUGACAAGAACUACAAGAGGCUGGAGAGGAUUCUGACCAAACAACUUUUUGAAAUUGACUCUGUGGAUACGGAAGGAAAAGGAGAUAUCCAGCAAGCUAGGAAGCGGGCGGCACAGGAGACAGAACGUCUCCUCAAGGAGUUGGAGCAGAAUGCCAACCACCCACACCGCAUCGAAAUCCAGAAUAUCUUUAAGGAGGCUCAGGCCCUUGUGAAAGACAAGAUUGUGCCCUUUUACAGCGGAGGCAACUGUGUGACUGACGAGUUUGAGGAAGGCAUCCAGGACAUCAUUCUGAGGCUGACGCACGUGAAGACCGGAGGGAAGGUCUCCUUGCGGAAAGCCAGGUACCGCACGCUCACCAAGAUCUGCGCGGUACAGGAGGUUAUUGAGGACUGUAUGAAGAAGCAGCCGUCCCUGCCACUGUCUGAGGAUGUGCAUCCUUCAGUGGCCAAAAUCAACUCUGUCAUGUGCGAGGUGAACAAGGCCAGAGGGACGCUGAUCGCACUUCUGAUGGGCGUGGACAGUUCCGAGACUUGCAGGCACUUAUCCUGCGUGCUGUCAGGACUGAUUGCUGACUUAGAUGCUCUAGAUGUGUGUGGGCGUACAGAGAUCAGAAAUUAUCGGAGGGAGGUGGUGGAAGAUAUCAACAAAUUACUGAAAUACCUAGACUUAGAAGAGGAAGCUGACAGUACACAUGCAUUUGACCUGGGACAGAACCAUUCCAUUAUAAAAAUAGAAAAUGUUCUCAAGAGGAUGAGAGAGAUAAAAAAUGAACUUCUCCAGGCGCAGAGCCCUCCUGAGUUGUACCUGAGGGCCAAGACAGAGCUGCAGGGCUUGAUCGGACAGCUGGAUGAAGUGAGUCUGGAGAAAAACCCCUGCAUCCGGGAGGCCAGGAGGAGGGCGGUGAUUGAGGUGCAGAUCCUGAUCACGUACCUGGACCUGAAGGAAGCCCUCGAGAAGAGGAAGCUGUUCCCAUGUGAGGAGCACCCCCCACACAAGGCCGUGUGGGAGAUCCUUGGGAACCUGUCUGAGAUCCUGGGCGAAGUCCUUUCAUUUGGUGGAAACCGAACUGAUAAGAACUACAUCCGUCUGGAGGAGCUACUGACCAAACAGUUGCUGGCUCUGGAUGCCGUUGACCCACAGGGAGAAGAGAAGUGUAAGGCUGCCAGGAAACAGGCUGUGAAACUGGCCCAGAACAUCCUCAGCUACCUGGACAUGAAGUCGGACGAGUGGGAGUAUUGAUGGGCCAGGAGCUGAUCUCGCUGGUUCGCACCUCAUCUCCUUUAGAGAGCUCUCAGCUCAUGGAGCCUAAAUGUAAUUUCUAUGUGCAUAGUCAAUCUCAGUAUUUAUGAUUUAAUCAAAUUAUAUUCAGUAUUUCUGCUGCUUUUGAUGUUGCAAACGAAUAUCAUUAUAGCACAUUACCUUUUCCAUCUGGCUCAUUAUCCUUACAAUGUGUGGUUUGUGUUUAUUUUGUGUGUUUUUAAUGGGAACACGAAAAAGGCAGCAUUCCUAAGUUUUAAAUGGGUUGUGCAAGCAUUAGAUGCAGAAUUUGAGAGUCUAGAAACAGAUUAGACUUUUCUAACUCUAGCCUAAUUUUUAACUCUAGCCUAAUUAAGAGGAGGAGGAGGGAAUUCCAGGGUUGAAUAAAAUCCAAGCAUAGAAAGAGACGCUUUAUUAUGCUAAACAGUGCUGGGACUUUUUAAAGUUACAAGGCCUAAUGGGUCCUGCCCAGUUUUAAUGGGGUGGGGUUUUUGUUUGGAUGGUCUGUUUUAUCAUAAACAUUUUUGCUU